UUGUGCGGCUGUGGGCUCCUGGGCGUGGGAAUAUGGCUCUCCGUCUCCCAAGGAAACUUCGCCACAUUUUCUCCCAGUUUCCCAUCGCUGUCGGCUGCCAACCUGGUCAUCGCCAUUGGCACCGUUGUCAUGGUAACAGCCUUCCUGGGCUGCUUGGGUGCCAUCAAGGAGAACAAGUGCCUGCUUUUAAGCUUUUUUGUCGUUUUGCUGAUCAUUCUCCUGGCUGAGCUGAUAUUGCUGAUUUUGUUCUUCGUUUAUAUGGACAAGGUGAGUGAAAGCGCAAAGCAGGACUUGAAGGAGGGCCUCAAGCUGUAUAACACAGAAAACAACGUUGGGCUGAAGAAUGCGUGGAAUAUCAUUCAAGCAGAGAUGCGCUGCUGUGGGGUAACUGAUUACAGAGAUUGGUACCCCGUGUUGGGCGAUAACGUUGUCCCUGACAGGUGCUGCAUGGAGAAUUCCCAAGAUUGUGGACGGAAUUCCAACAACACCAGUCUGGUGUGGAAAACGGGGUGCUACGAGAAGGUCAUGACGUGGUUUGACGAUAACAAGCACAUCCCUGGGGCUGUCGGAAUGUGCCUCCUCAUAAUACAGAUUCUCGGCAUGGCCUUUUCCAUGACUCUCUUCCAGCAGAUUCACAGGACCGGUAAAAAAUACGAUGCCUAAAAUACUGUUUUGUAACUUCAUUCAGCCCUUCUCUUGUUGCCAUUAGGACAGACCAACAACUGCAAAAAAAC